AUGUCAAACACUUUUCUCAUCACAGGAGCGACGGGAAAGCAAGGUGGAGCAACAAUCGAUGCUCUUCUCUCUGCUGUCGGAACGUCUGAUAUUACCAUAUUUGCUUUAACUCGCAAUCUCGAAUCACCAGCGGCUGAGAAGCUAAUCAAGAAAUCCGACAAGAUCAAACUUCUUCAAGGCGACCUGAAUGAUUGUCCUGCCAUUUUCGAAGCGGCUCCUCAGCCCAUCAAGAGCGUCUUCUGCGUAACCAUACCAAGCAUGGGCUUCGGUAAUGCAGGCGCGAGCGAAGAAGAGAAAGGCAAAGCUCUUAUCGACGCCUCAAUAAAACAUGGCGUAGAACACUUCGUAUUCACAUCCGUGGACCGUCACGGCAAGGAUUCCGAUAAUGAUCCUACGAAUGUUCCUCAUUUUAUUAGCAAAGCCAAUAUCGAGAAACAUUUGAAAGAAAAAUGCGCAGGAAAUCAAAUGGCAUGGACCAUCCUUCGACCGGUCGCAUUUAUGGAGAACUUUGCUCCAGGGCUCGCAGGCAAGAUCUUCCCAACCGCCUGGUGUGCUUCUUUGGCUCCGACAACCAAAAUUCAACUUGUUGCAAUCGCCGAUAUUGGAUACUUUGCGGCGCAGGCAAUGCUGAAACCGAAGGAAUACAAUGGACGCGCGAUCAGUAUCGCAGGCGAUGAAUUGACGUUCGGAGAAGCGAAUGAGAUAUUUGAGUCGAGACUGGGAAAGGAUAUCCCAAGAACAUUUAAUUUUGUUGGAUCAACUCUUCUCUGGGCGAUUAAGGAUGUUGGAUUUAUGUUCACCUGGUUUGAAGAGAAAGGAUAUGCGGCUGAUAUCGAUUCUUUGAGAAAGGAACAUCCGGGACUCCAAAGUUUUGGAGAUUGGCUGAAGACGAGUGGAUUGUAG